CUCCCAUGCUUUCCGUACUACGUUAUGGUUAUGUUGACGUGUGGCUUUUGUGGCUCACUAGCCUGCUAGCUGUACUUUGUACAACAUGGUUUAGCUAGUAGUGGCAAUAUAACAUUAGUCAAAGAGCUGAAGUUUACCUCUAUGCAAAGCUGUACUAAAACAGUUAUAACUUCGAACAGUUUGAGAAGCCAACAAAUACGAUGGCAGCUGCCUGGGAAGAAAUCAGACGUCUGGCAGCGGAUUUUCAGAGAGCACAGUUUGCUGACACAGUGCAGAGGUUGUCAGAGAGAAACUGCAUUGAAAUCGUUGCCAAGCUGGUUGCAGAGAAGAAGUUGGAUGUGGUACACACACUUGAUGGCAAGGAGUACAUCACCCCAUCCCAGAUCAGUAGGGAGAUACGGGAUGAGCUCUACAUCCAUGGAGGUCGGGUCAACAUUGUGGACCUACAAAAGAUUAUCAAUGUUGAUUGGGUUCAUGUUGAGGCCAGAGCAAAUGACAUUGCAAGAUCUGAUAAAAGUGUUCAACUGGUGCUGGGGCAGCUUAUCGACGAAAACUACCUGAAUCGUGUGUCUGAGGAGGUGAACGAUAAACUACAAGAAGCUGGCUUGGUGAACAUCCCAGAACUAUGUAAAAACUAUGACCUUCCGGGGGAUUUUCUGACUGAGGAGCUGUCGAAGCGCCUUGGGAAAGUCAUCCAAGGCCAGAUGGAUGAGUACAACAGGGGAGUCUUAUUCACCCCUGCGUUCGUGUCUCGCCACAGAGCUCGCAUCCGUGGGCUUUUUAGUGCAGUGACUCGGCCAACACCAGUCAGUAACGUGAUUGGCGUCUAUGGUUUUCAGGAACAUCUUCUCUACUCUGUUUUGGAGGAGCUGGUGAAUACUGGCCGUCUGAAAGGCACUGUGGUGGGGGGCCGGCAGGACAAGGCUGUGUACAUCCCUGACAUCUACUCCAAAACACAGAACACCUGGGUGGACUCCUUCCUCAAGCAGAACGGAUACUUAGAGUUUGAUGCCUUGAUCAGACUUGGCAUCCCUGACCCAGUGAGCUAUAUCAGGAAACGUUUCAAGUCCAGCAAGCUGCUGUUCCUCAGGGCGGCCUGUGUUGGCCAGGCCCUAGUAGAACAGGUGGAGGCCUCCGUGGAGGAGGCUGUCAACUCUGCCACAUGGACAGAUGUGCAGCCCAUUCUGCCCAGCUGUCUGUCCAUGGAGGACGUUGGCAUUAUAAUCAACGAGGCCAUGAGAAAGACCAACGUGCAGUCAACUGCCAGGAUCCUGGGCGACACUGUGGUGGUCAGCGAGAAGUUCAUCAGCAACUGUCUCUCUCUCUUUGAUGAGGCCAUGCAGCAUAAAGCCCUUAAGGAAGUCAAGAACAACCCUGUUUUCCUGAUAACGGAAGACGAUCUCAAGCAAAGCUAUAUGAUGACAGAAAACACAGCACCUUCCAAAAAGGAAAAAAGGGAGGCGGAGAGGAGGAAAAAGACUACAGAGGGCAGUGGCUGUAAAGGAGGUGGUGGAGGAUGCAAUGCCAGAGAGGUCAGGAUACGCAAAACCAAGAAGAAGGGCAGGAGGGACGACGACAGUGACGAGGAGGCGGCAGUCACCCCACAAAAUCGUAACAAACCGACUGAAGUCCCCUUCAUGUCCCUGGAGGAAAUCGCAGCUGUCCUAGAAGGACAAGUGUGCGACUGCCCUGAAGAAAUCCUCUCCGAGUUGGCAGAACAUUUAGUAAGGCCUUUGACAAAAACCUACCAGGAGGUGGUUCGGACUGUGUUCAUGUCCUCCACUGUCUCCACGACCGGGGUGACCAAGAAGAGAAGUGUGAAAGACUUCCAGGAGGAGCUCUCCAACCUGUACAACAACAUCAGACUUUUUGAGAAAGGGACUAAGCUCUUCUCUGAUGAGACUCAGGUCCUCAUUGCCAAGCACGUCCUGAAGACUGUGUGCACAGACGUCACCAACAUCCUGGUGAAUUUCAUGGCGGCUGAAUUGAUGAUGUCAGCAGAGAAUCCCAGCUCUAUCACCAACGAAGUGAGAGUGAAGAUAUUAGGGAAAUUACCAGAGGAAACCAAAGGACCUCUUAUGAAGGUGCACAACAGUCUCAAUGGAAAGACUAUUGAAGAUUUUCUAACCAACAUAGAAACUGCGGUUGAGGUGUGUGGAUUCAUGCUGAAGAAGGGAGAUAAGAAAAGAGAAAGACAGGCCCUGUUCCUGCACCGGCAGGCUCUGAUAGAGCAGCUGAAGGACACUGAGGACCCAGCCCUGAUUCUCCACCUGACCAGCGUGCUGCUCUUCCAGGCCAGCACCCACUGCAUGCUGCACGCCCCCGGACGCUGUGUCCCCCAGAUCAUAGGCACUCUGGUGGGCCGCGUCUCUGAGGAGCAGCACAGACUGCUGACAGGCUACCAGGCCCUGGUGGUUAAGCAGUUAGUGAGCCAGAGCCAGGGAAAGAAGCAGGAGCAGGGGGAAGGAGAGAACCCAGAGGCGGGGGAUGAGGCAGAGGCCAUCCGGAAAGAGCUGGUUUCCCUGACCAGCGAGGUAAAGGAUCUGGUCCUCUCUCAGAAGAAGACGUCUGGGACUGAAGAGUGAAUAACAACUUUGACUGCUUUGAAGUUGGCAACUGCCAGCUCUCUGAUUUUAUAAAUCGCCUAGCUUCUCAGUAUUACACUGAACAAAAAAUAUAAAACACAACAUGUAAAGUGUUGGUGGCAUGUUUCGUGAACUGAAAUAAAAUAUCCCAGAAAUGUU